CGUUCAGUAUCCACUUAGAUCCUGCAUAAAGAAAUACGAGUAGGUAUAUGCAAUGUCGGUUCGAGCGGGGAUAUAGUUAGAAGUUCGAGUAAUUAUCAUAAUUAUAAUUAUGAAACUUGUAGAUUGCUGUGUUGAGUACUAUGUUUUCACUUUGAUAGUUGUCAGUGUUCUGUGCCAGGAUAAAGUCCGGAUAAACUUCGAUAUAGGUAAAGACAAUGAAAUAGAUGGAAUUUCAGAAGAAACUACCACAGCAAAAUUCAAAAAAACUACAUCGACAACAAUCAUUCCAAAAACCGAAAAAAGAAUAUCUACAACUGAAAGGCCUAGUCUCGUUUGUCCAGGAAAACAUGUUAUACGGCCAUUUUUCGCUCUACCCUGCUCGACUACCAAAGACUGCGGUAUUUUCGGAAAACAUAUGGUUUGUUGUGAGAAAAGGUGUAUAGAAGGAGUGGAACCACCCAAACCUGAUCCAAAACAUUCUCCUACCCUUUUUGGACUAGUCGAGCAGGUAUGUCCAUCAGAACCUGUUCCUGAAAUUUGGGAGAUCAAGGAGUGUUCAACGGAUGAAGACUGUGCACCUAGAAUAUGUUGCCCUGAAGUUUUAAGAAAUGGACAGAAUAAGAGUUAUUGCAGAACAGCACAGCCACUAUGGGAAAAAUUACCAGCUGUCAAUCAGUUUGUAGAUCCUAUUCGCACUCUAGUCAGUUACAUGCAAUGUACUCCUCCACCUCCACCACUCUUGGACCUAUUUCCAGUGCCAUGUCAAACGCCUUUGGAUUGUUUCCCAAAUUUAUGCUGCCAAGAGCGAGGAAGGAGGUUUUGUCGUCCACCGAAAAAGUCGAUACUAGCCCUGAUUGCUGGUAUUGGUCAGAGAAUAAUUCCAAAUGAGGCCGCAAGAGACUUCAUCAAGAGGAUAUCUAAGUGAUGUCAGAUUCAAAAUUGUUUUCGAAAUGAUCCAAAAAGAAGAUUACCAACUUUAUUGCCACCGAUAAGCCACUGAUAAAAAUAAAAAUAUUCAUUAAAACUUU